AUGCUUUCAAAAUUGAAGCAUUUGUAUCCUUUGUCACGAUCCCAGGCUCGAUCGUGUUUGAAUAGUUACAAGCAAGAUCAUUUCCUUUAUGACUACUCUAGAGUUACGAUUCCAUUGCACAAUGCGUUUUCCUCUACCGGCGAGCCACUUCUAACUGGCGAAAAACCAACCAGUGAGGAGUCACCCGAGCUUCCUGGUUGGGUUAUGAAUCCUGUUAAAUUUAAAAUGGAUAACAAGCCGGAAAAUGGCGACUUUGUCCCGCCGUCAUUAUCGUACUGGAUUGAAGACCACAUGUCUGUCGUCAAAGAAGAUGACAUGAAAAUUAUUGUGAAUGACAUUAUCGAGAGUGAUGUGGACAAGAUUAGUAGCAUCCUAAAGAGCAGCCAAUUCAAAUCCCCGGAUUUAGUUAUUGAAGCAUUAGAGGGUUGUGAUGUUGAUUUGUCCGAGGACCUGGUUGAGGAAAUACUCUGUAGAUUUAGCCAUGAGUGGGUCCCAUCCCUCGGUUUCUUCAAGUGGGCCGAGUCGCGAAACGGGUUUAAACACCCGCCUGGAAUUUACAACCUAUUGAUCGACAAUUUGGGGAAAGCAAAGAAAUUUGAAAAGAUGUGGGAAUUGGCGGAGGAAAUGAAAAUGCUAGAAGGGUACUUCACUUUGGACACAAUGAUGAAAAUCAUGAGGCGUCUUGUAACAGGCAGAAAGUACGAGGACGCGAUCGAGGCAUUCAAAAGUAUUGAAUCAUUCGGAAUUGAAAAGGAUAUAACUGCCUUAAAUAUAUUAAUCUACACGUUAGUAAAACAAGGCAGUGUUGAGCACGCCGAGGGAGUUUAUUUCAAAUUUAAAGAUAAUAUUCCUCCUACUAAACAUACUUACAAUAUGCUGGUCCACGGUUGGUGCAGAAUCGGGCAAAUCGAGACGGCUAGAAAAACCGUGGACGAGAUGCGGGCCCACGGCUUCCGCCCUGACACGGUUACCUACACUAGAUUCAUCCAGAGCUACUGUCACGAAAAGGAUUUUCGUAAAGUCGAUUCCACUUUAGUGGAAAUGGAGAGAGAUGGUAUUAAUCCAGAUAUGGUGACAUACACCAUCAUGGUGCAGGCCUAUGGAAAAGCAAAGGAAAUAAAUAAAGCCAUGGAGAUUUAUGCAUUGAUGAAGACUUACAAUUGCUCGCCCAAUGCCCUGUUCUACACCGCUUUCAUUAGUGCUCUGAGUCGAGCGGGAAGGGUUAAAGAAGCUGAAGAGGUUUUUGAUGACAUGUCCAAGCAAGGGGUGGUUCCUGAUGUGGAGACUUACAAUAUGCUUAUUAUGAUUGCCUAUAAAGGGUCUCAAGAGGAGAAGGCGCUUAAUUUGCUUAAGAAAAUGGAGGAAAAUAAAUGCAGGCCAAAUAUCUAUACGUACUCGCCCUUAUUGAAAAUGUGCUGCAGGUUGGGGAGAAUGAAGGUGCUCUCGUUUUUGUUGGGUCACAUGUUUAAAAACGAUGUGAGCCUUGAUCAGUGGACUUAUUCGCUUUUGGUCAGAUGGCUGUGUGGGAGUAAGAAUGUGGCUAAGGCGUGCUCAUUUUUUGAGGAGAUGGUGGAUAAGGGUUUUGUACUGAAGGGUUCUGCGUAUAAGAUUUUGGUUAAAGCGCUCGAUAAGAAGGGUUUGAACGAGGAGAAGGAACGGGUCAAAAAAGUGAUGAACCGGGCUAAAGAAGGGUUGAGUCGUUCUUAA